GAAAACGACCAUUUCCGAAAGCACUGGCGGGAGUGCAAAUUGUAUUCUCUAGUUACAACAUAAUUACAAAGAAAAAAACGCUGCAAAAGCAAGCUUUUGUUGAAGUUAUUUAGAAAAACGAAUCUAGCGCUAAGCAGGUGUUAUAUUGCAAGCAAUUGAAAUUGUCCAAGUUUUCAGGAGAGAAGACGGCAACAACCAUCAGAAGACGCCACACACGUAACGUUAUCUUUAGUCAAAGAGACUGAAUGGUUAGCUAGCUUCAUAUUUCCCGUCCUGCCUUUAUCUGCAACGUCAAGGGAGAUAAACGAGCUAAAUUCUAGUCAUUUUUCAAAUAAUUCAUCUGCUAGGCUUGCAAGGCUACUGUAAAGACAUGGCUAAAGUUCAAGUGUUGAAUGUCGCUGUGUUGGACAACCCAAGUCCUUUUGGGAACCCGUUUCAGUUCGAGAUUACGUUCGAAUGCAUGGAGGAUUUACCGGAGGGUGAGUGGUAACGUUAUUCUGUUGCUAACUUCGUAUUUUUGGUCAAAUCUAGCUAACGUUAUCUAGAUAACUAUACUAUAUAGUAUUAUUUGCUGUUAACCAAAAUGCAAUUAUAAUGUAUCUAACCGUUGCCUUUUAGGUGUAACAACAGUUUGCUGAAAUGUAUCUGUUUCAAUUAACUUUACAUGUAUAUGUUUCUAGUUAACUACUUAGCUAAAUUGAAAUAUGUUGAUAUUGUUUGAGGAAGUUAGCUAGCUAGCUAUUUGAGUUGACAAUUCAUCAGAAUUUGGCGCCCGCGCGUCUUGUUAACAUUUCCGGUCCUUCUGACAUCUGGAUGGCCGUGGUGACCUCGAGGCGAGCCGAUUGGUGCGCUGACAGAUUACAACGGCAGACAGUGGAAAUACUUAUGAAUAAAUUGCGGGAAAAACGUCUCUCUUCCCCUAGAUGAAUAGUUAUUUCCACUAAUGAGAAGAAACCUAUCCUGUCCGCGCUAAAGUGGAGGUGGUGGGACCACACUAACUGCGUGGAUGUGUCUGAAAUGGCACUAUAUUCCCUAUAUCAAAUCAUAUUUUAUUUGCCACAUGCGCUGAAUACAACAGGUGUAGACAUUACCCUGAAAUGCUUACUUACAGCCCUUAACCAACAAGGCAUUAAUUUGUUUAUAAAAAAGUAAAACAACAACAAAAAAGUGUUGAGAAAAAAAGAGCAGAAGUCAAAUAAAAUAACAGUAGGGAGGCUAUAUAUACAGGGGGGUACCAGAGCAGAGUCAAUGUGAGGAGGCACCGGGUAAUUGAGGUAAUAUGUACAUGUGGGUAGAGUUAAAGUGACUAUGCAUAAAUAAUUAACAGAGUAGCAGCAGCGUAAAAAGAUGGGGUGGGGGGGCAGUGCAAAUAGUCCGGGUAGCCAUGAUUAGCUGUUCAGGAGUCUUAUGGCUUGGGGGUAGAAGCUGUUGAGAAGCCUUUUGGACCUAGACUUGGCGCUCCAGUACCGCUUGCCGUGCGGUAGCAGAGAGAACAGUCCAAGACUAGGGUGGCUGGAGUCUUUGACAAUUUUGAGGGCCUAUAUAGUGUAGUCGCAGAGCCUUAUGGGACCUGGACAAAGAUAGUGCACUAUAUAGUGAAUGGGGCCUCCCGAGUGGCGCAGCGGUCUAAGGCACUGCCUGUCAGUGCUAGAGGCGUCACUACAGACCCUGGUUCGAUCCCGGCCGUGAUCGGUAGUCCCAUAGGGCAGGCACAAUUGACCCAGCGUCGUCCGGGUUAGGGGGUCAUUGUAAAUAAGAAUUAGUUCUUAACUGACUUGCCAAGUUAAAUAACAAAUGCAAAAAAUAUGUGUGAGAAGUAAACUAACUAAAUUCAAAUCAAAUCACAUUUUAUUGUUGCUUUUAUGAUACGGUUAAAUAUAUAGUUUUUGCAUUUUAACUUUUAUUUUAUGCACUUUGAGAUUUUAUGUAUAAUGAAAAGUGCUUUAAAAAAAUGUUAAAUAUUAUUGUUAUUAGACUUUACUGUGAAAUGCUUACUUAUCAGCCAUUUCCCAACAAUGUAGAGUUCAAAAUUAAUAAAAAGAGGUUGUUGAGGUGAUUGAGGAAAUAUAUACAUGUAGUUAGGGGUAAAAGUGACUAGGCAAUCAGGAUCAAUAAUAAACAGAGUAGCAGCAGUGUGUGUGUGGCGUCAAUAUGCAUGUGUUGGAGUGUGAGUGUAGCAUGUGUCUGGGUAGAGUCAAUGCAAAUAGUCAGGGUAGCCAUUUGAUUAACUGUUCAGCAGUCUUAUGGCUUGGGGGUAGAAGCUGUUCAGGAGCCUUUUGGUCCCAGACUUGGCACUCCGGUACCAUUUGCCAUGCGGUAGCAGAGAGAACAGUCUGACUUGGAUGGCUGGAGUCUUUGACAAUUAUAGAGGUCCUGGAUGGUAGGGAGCUCGGCCCCAGUGAUGUACUGGGCCAUACGCACUACCGUCUGUAGCGCUUUACGGUCAGAUGCCGAGCAGUUGCCAUACCAGGUGGUGAUGCAACCGGUCAGGAUGCUCUCGAUGGUGCAGCUGUAGAACUUUGAGGAUCUGGGGACCAAUGCCAAAUCUUUUCAGUCUCCUGAGGGGGGAAAAGGCGUUGUCGUGCCCUCUUCACGACUGUCUUGGUGUGUUUGGACCAUGAUAGUUUGUUGGUGAUGUGGACACCAAGGAACUUGAAACUCUCGAUCCGCUCCACUACAGCCCUGUCCAUGUGAAUGGGAGCGUGCUCGGCCCUCCGUUUCCUGUAGUCCACGAUCAUCUCCUUUGUCUUACUCACAUUGAGGGAGAGGUUGUUGUCCUGGCACCACACUGCCAGGUCUCUGACCUCCUCCCUAUAGGCUGUCUCAUCGUUGUCGGUGAUCAGGCCUGUUGUGUCGUCGGCAAACUUAUUGAUGGCGUUGGAGUCAUGCUUGGCCACGCAGUCAUGGGUGAACAGGGAGUACAUGAGGGGACUGAGCACGCACCCCUGAGGGGCCCCCGUGUUGAGGAUCAGCGUGACAGAUGUGUUGUUACCUACCCUCACCACCUGUUGGCGGUCUGUCAGGAAGUCCAGGAUCCAGUUGCAGAGGGAGGUGUUUAGUCCCAGGGUCCUUAGCUUAGUGAUGAGUUUUGUGGGCACUGUGGUGUUGAACACUGAGCAGUAGUCAAUGAACAGCAUUCUUACGUAGGUGUUCCUUUUGUCCAGGUGAAAGGACCGUGUGGAGUGCAAUAGAGAUUGUGUCAUCUGUGGAUCUGUUGGGGCGUUCCGCGAAUUGGAGUGGGUCCAGGGUGCCUGGGAUGAUGGGGUUGAUAUGAGCCAUGACCUGCCUUUCAAAGCAUUUCAUGGCUACAGAUGUGAGUGCUACGGGGCGAUAGUCAUUUAGACAGGGUGCCUUGGUGUUCUUGGGCACAGGUAUGGUGGUCUGCUUGAAACAUGUAGGUAUUACAGACUGGGUCAGGGAAGUUAAUGUGUGUGUGUGUGUGUGUGUAUGUAUAGACCUGGAGUGGAAGAUCAUCUAUGUGGGCUCAGCAGAGACUGAGGAGUAUGAUCAGACUCUGGACUCAGUUCUGGUCGGACCAGUACCGGCAGGCAGACACAUGUUCGUGUUCCAGGUGAGUGACUGAGCUACACACACACACACACACACACACACACACACACACACACACACACACACACACACACAGUGAGUGACUGAAACACACACAGAGAAAACCCACGGACAUAUACAUCUCAAUCUCUCUCUUUUUUCUCUCCUCCUCUUCCUCCUUCUCAUCCCUCCUCUUCCUCCCUCCAGGCAGAUGCCCCCAACACCGGGCUGAUUCCUGAGAGUGAUGCUGUGGGGGUAACCGUGGCACUCAUCACCUGUACCUACAACGGACAGGAGUUCAUCCGUAUCGGUUACUAUGUCAACAAUGAAUACACCGACCCAGAGCUCCGAGAGAACCCACCGGUCAAACCAGACUACACACAGGUAAUACACACACACACACACACACACACAGGUAAUAAACAGUAUGAUACACACACACCAGACUACACACAGGUUAUACACACUGAUACACACACAUACCAGAAAAUCACAAAAUGGAAAACAGGAAUCGAUUCUUGUAAAGGAAUUGACUCCUUGUGAAAGGUUCUCACCACUGUUAGGAAUCGGAAAUACCCUAUUUUUGCAAUUGACUCCCAGCCUUAAUUCAUAACCAUAACCCUCCCCAUAACCCCCUCCACCUCCUCCAGCUGCAGAGGAACAUCCUGGCCUCUAACCCCCGUGUGACCCGGUUCCAUAUCAACUGGGAUGGCUGUUCAGACAAGAUGGAGGACAGUGAGAACGUUGACCCCUCCCCCAACAGCAGUAGCAGCAUGCUGCCUCCCUCCUCCUCCUGUUUACCUGGCAAGGUUUUAUCUGUAGGACUGAUGCCUGAUAACUCUAUGGACUGUCUGUAGAACCCAGCCACCCCACCAGCAUUGCCUUACUGCGUUCUGCUCCAGCAGUCUCCAGUCUUUGGCAGGAAGGAUGAGUCACUGUUAUAAACCACCUGUACUAUAGGGUUCACUGUCUCCAUCCUUCACACAGCAACAUCUCUCGGUGUCUCUCUCUGUCUCUCUCUCUCUC